AUGGCGGCCAUCAAGGACUUUGACAGCCUGUUCAGGCUGGAUGGCAAGAUUGCCGUCGUUACUGGCGGCUCCCGCGGCAUCGGCCUGUACUGCGCGACCGCCUUCCUCCAGGCCGGCUGCUCCAAGGUGAUCAUCACGGCGCGCAAUGCCGAGAACCUCGCGCAGGCGGCCGCACAGCUCAACGCGCUGCCCAACAUCCGCGGCAGGGCCGUCAGCAUCCCCGCCAACGUCGGCCACACGGACCAGAUCGAGCAGUUUGUGCGGGACGUGCAGGCCGAGAUCGAGCGCGACGAGAGGCCCGGCCGCGGGUUGGACAUCCUCGUGGCCAACGCGGCGGCGAGCUGGGGCGGGCCGUUCGAGUCAUUUGAGGACUGGAAGAGCAUCAAGACGCUCGACUUGAAUGUCAGAGGCGUGUUUAAUCUGUGCAGGCUCGCGGCCACGCGCGCCGACCCGUCGCGGAUCCUGAUCACGUCGUCGGUGGGGGGCAUCGUGGUGCCGCACGUCGGCGAGCGCGGGGCCAUCAUGUACUCGGUGUCCAAGGCGGCGGCGCACCACCUGGGGCGCAACCUCGCGCUGGAGCUGGUGCCCAAGAACAUCACCACCAACGUCAUCGCGCCGGGCUUCUUCCCCAGCCGCCUGGCGAACCCGCAGAUCGACUUUUUGGGUGGCGAGGACGUCGUCGGCAGCCAGAACCCCAUGGGCCGUCUGGGCCGCCCGGACGACAUCGCCGGCCUCGUCGUCUUCCUGUGCAGUCGCGCGGGGAGCUACGUCAACGGAGAGGACAUCUCGCUCGACGGCGGCGCCAGGUUGAGGUCCGGCACCCACGCGGGGACCUUGGACGCGAGGGGCAAAGAGGCGAGCAAUAAAUUGUAA